AUGGACGACAGCGCGAACGUCAAGGUGUUCUGUCGUGUGCGGCCGCCCAACGAGCGCGAGCGUCUCGGUGUAUCGUUGACGGCCUCGAGUAGCUCUACGGGUCUCUCGGUCUGCGGCAGUGGAUCGUUUGUGAAGAAGUGCGUGACGGUCGCGGCCUCUGAUCCCGCGCAACAGACGCUCUUAUUGCAGAGCAAACACGUCGGUGCCAAGACGUUCACGUUCGACCGAGUGUUUGGCGAAGACGCGAGUCAGAACGACGUGUUUGAGGUCGUGGGGGCGCCGAUUACGCAAGCCUGUCUCGAUGGCUACAAUGGCACAAUCUUUGCGUACGGCCAGACGGGAUCCGGCAAGACGUUCACGAUGCAGGGAGCAGAGGAUGUUAUAACUGCAGAAGCUGCGACGCGGACAUCGCAGGAGCUUUCGCUGCGGGGGCUCGUCCCUCGUGUAUUUGACUACCUCUUUGACAAUGUUGUGGCUACAGACAAGCGAACGCAUGUCCAGCACACGUUUGCGUGCUCGUUUUUAGAGAUUUACAAUGAACGCGUGUAUGAUCUGCUGGACAGAGGCAGUGCAAAAGACACAGCAGGGCUACAGCUGCGAGAAAAUGGACGCAAAGGUGUUCACGUUGAAGGGCUGAUCGAAAGUGUGGUCACCAACUCAAAGGAAGCAGCAGAACUCAUGAUGAUUGGAGCGCAGAAUCGACGAGUGGGCCAGACGUCGAUGAACCGAGAAAGCAGUCGGUCGCACAGUGUGUUCAUUCUGCAACUGCAGUCGAAGGAAGUGUCGUCGCAAGGCACCAAGAUCCGUACAUCACGAUUCAAUUUGGUGGAUUUAGCAGGCUCUGAACGUCAGCGAAGUACUGACGCAGCAGGCGAGCGUUUGAAGGAGGCUGGCAAUAUCAACAAGUCGUUGUCCGCACUUGGCAAUGUCAUUCUGCGCCUAUCGGAACAAUCUGUAGGCAAGCACCGCCACGUGCACUAUCGUGAUUCCAAGCUGACGUUUCUCUUGAAGGAUUCGCUCGGCGGAAACUCGAAAACGUUUAUGAUCGCAACCAUUUCGCCCGCCGAAGAAUCUGCAUUUGAAACGCUCUCUACGCUUAAAUUCGCCCAGAGGGCAAAGAUGAUUCAGAAUAGCGCGGUCGUCAACGAAGACUCUGUGGGCAGUGCAGUUGCUUUGCAAGAAGAGGUCCAGCGACUUCGACGGCAGCUGCAGCAGGCACACCAAGAAAAUGCCCGUGGCAUCCCACGAUCUUGUUCUAUUCAGAAGAAAAAUACUACGCUGACAGAUGUGAGUUCGGGCGAAGGCUCCGUAGCUGCUUCGUCCCGGCUUCAAGGACUCUGCGAUCCGGCCAUUGGCGCGCGUUUUCGCGAGCUAGAAGAAUCGUUUGCAACAACUGCUGAGAACAACGAUAAACUGCAGCGUUUUUGCGACUGUUUGCAGCUUAAAAACGGGAACCUCCAAGCGCUGUGUACGAAGCUAAAACAGAAUGCCGCGCAGCUGAAAAUGAUGCUCCGACUUCGAGGAAUCGGCGGCACAGGAGUGGAUGAGAACAAGCCGUCAGCAGAUGCCAUCGAGUGGAGGAUGAAAUACGAAGAGAUGGAAAAGCGUGUGGUUGGGCUCCAAGACAAGCUUCAGCGCUGUGGGGUUAAAGAUGCUGAUGUCGCAGGGAGCGUCAGCAGCGAAGUCGAGAAUAUGAAUAGUAUGAUUCUAGCUCUGACGAAACAACUUGCCCUUGUGCUGCGUGACAAGCACGAUCUGCAAGACCGACUGCUGGACAGCAAGACUCACGAUGACGAAAGCAUGGAGGGGCGAUUUUCCCAAAAAGUUGCGGAUACAGAUAUUUCUGCCCGGUUAGAAGAGGCGCUGAAGCACCAAGCAAAUGAGUACCAGGUAAAGCUGGACUUGGUAGCAUCUGUUAACGCAUGUCUAGAAGAAAAAGCAGCAGAGGCGUCGCUUCAGCUUCUACGUAUGGAGGAGCUCAAACGCAGUUGGUCGGUUCAGCUACACGACCUCGAACGUGGACUUGCGGAUUCCAAAGCAGCUGUACACCUUGCAGAGCACGCUCAGGUUUUAACUGAAAAAGAACUGGUCCAAGAGAAGGUUCGAGCUGAAAAGAUGGGGAUACAGUUCGAGCGAGCAAGGGAAGGUGCGCAGUUUGAAUUUGAGACAGCAUUGGCCGACGCUGCCACCACAAAUCGGUCCCUUGCAUAUUCUAAAGAGCUGCUCGAGCACCGGAUCGAAACAGCUGAAAAUGAGUUUGCUCAACAAAAGGCAGAACUGGUGCAUCUAGAAGAAGCACAUCAGCGAGUGAUUUCAGAACUUGAGGAGGCCCGCGCAGCGCGGGACGAAAGUGCGCUGGAAAUCGCCCAUCUCCGAGCAAAAGUGUCGGAUCGCGAAGGCGUGAUCGAUGAGCUUAAGCGCACUGCAGCUGUAAACACGAAGGAAAAGAUCGUUUUGGAAGAAAAGCUCGAGAACUUGACUGAGUCCAUUGGACGGUUGGAAGGGAAAGCCAGAACUACCGAGCUACAACACAUGAAAGCAAUUGAGUUCCUUAAGCAUCAAGCGCUAGAGCAUGAGUGUCUCUUGGUUGAAGACUGCAAUGAGAGGCUUCGGGUGAGAGGCGAGCAGUACGAGCACCUUCGCUCUGAGUUUGAUGACUAUAAAGUCACGACAAAGGAAUCUGCUCAUCUCCACAUCUUAGCGUUAGAAGAGAAGGACGUGGCACUUGGUGUACUCAAGCAGCAGUUGGAUGAUCAGUCACAGAAGUUUGAACUAGCGCUGGGAGACGUCCGACAGGAAUUGCUCAAGAGUCAUGCCGAUAUGUCCAUAUUGAGUGAAGAGAAAGUCAAAUGUGAAUCAGACCGUGCUUUUGCAGUGCAAGAGCUCGAGAAUCUUCAGGAUAUUGCCAGGAAACUUGACAUCGAGAAGGGCACCAUGGCGAACAAGAUUCGAAGUUUGUCACAACACUUGGAGGACUCGCUGGCGAGAGUGGGAGAAUUGGAUGAGCAGAAGGUUGAGCUUCGAGAGAAGUGUGAGCUGCAGCAAGCUCGGCUCACUGCUUCCGAGCAAACGAAUGAAAAGCUUUCGUAUGAAGUUGAGCAACUGCAGCAACAAAUAAUCACCGAUGACGUGGUCAAUCUUCGUAAACAGCUUGUAUCGGCACAGGAAGAUUGUAGCCAGGCUGCAAUCACGCAUUCCCAACAGCUCGUUGAACUUGCCUCCUAUGCAAAAAGGAUCGAGGAGUUGCAGCAAGAACUUGUUGAAAGUAAAGGCGCUGUACGUGAUACGACAAACAGUCUUGAGGAGGCAUUGAACAAGAUCCGAUAUGCUGAAGGGGUCGCGUCACGCCAGCGGGAAGAGGUAACUAUGCUGAAGGAAACUCAUUCUACGUUGCGCGGCGAGCUGAAAAGCAUUGAGCUUGAUCGCUUGAAGUUUUCUGAAGCGCUGAAAAUUGAGCAGGAUGCAAAGCAGGAUUUGGAAAAUGUAUUUGCUGAAGCCCGUGCGGCAUGGGUGAGCGAAAAGUGUCAGCUGGAGCAACGUUCUCAAGAAUCGCUAUUGGCUGUUGAGAAGUGCGCUGAUGAAGUGCGUCUUCAUGCGGACUCUCUGUCCGCUUUGAACCGCGAGCUGGAGCAAGAAAGGAAGUCGCUCAAGCUCUUAGUCGCAGAGCAAAGUGAGACACUUCAGCAGCUCAAGGAUCAAGUUGCUGACGGAGAGAACAAGAUCGGUAAGCUAGAGUCCGAUGCUGCUCACUCCGUCGCGACACAGGAACAGCUUGCUGAUGAUGUUGCGGAGCUGCGAGAGAUUGUACGUGACCUAGAAUGCCAGUUACUUGAGCAUCAGAACCUCAAAAAAAAGCAGGAAGCAGAGCUCGCCGAAAAGGAGCUUGCCAUUUCGAUAACAGAUGGCCUCAUUGCAACGAUGAAGGAUCGUGCACGCAACAACGAGAUCGGGUGGGAUCUUAAGACGCGCGAAUACGAAGACAAGUUGGAAUCAGCACGUGGACAAGUGCAGGCGCUCGAGCAGUCGGUGGCGGAGAAGACAGCGGCGUUGGCAAAAGCUGAAAGCUCGUUUAUGGCAGAUAAGCACUCACUUCAGCUAGAGAUCGCGGAAAAGGAGAAGCUACUGGCGGAAAAGACUGAGCAGCUCAUGCAGACGACCAGGCAGCUCGAUGCAAUGUCAGAACAAGAAGGUGUACGAAUUGAGCCUGACACUACUUCUGCAGCCGAGUGUAGGAACCAGCUGGCGCAGAAUGACAGGAGCGUCGCGGUCGAAGAUUUGCAGGUACCGACGAAAGAAUCAGGGACGAGUCACGAGUUGGCUGUGCAAAAUAGCACGAGUGUUGAGGCCAAGGCUCUGCCUGAUGGAAAGGAACAGAAACACGAGCUCGAUGGUCGUUGCACUGAACGUCGCGUGUCCGAACAACAAGAUCAGUCUGUCCGAAAGGUGUUGGGGAUGCAGCAGACAGGUGUUGGGAGCACUGAGAGCGCUGAAGGUGCAAUGAAUGAAGCUAAGGCGAAGGCAGUAGCUCAAGCCGCACUUCGUCAGGCGAAGCGUAAAUAUGUUGCCGAAAAGAUGAAGAUGCAGCGAGAGAUUCAGUCACUGACCGAAAAGGUGGAGACAGUGUCGAAGGAGAACGAAAAGCUGAUCGGUCAUCACAACAGCCGCCAGAAGAUUCACCACCACGUAAAGGUAAAGGAGGAGAAUAACCGUCUUCUGGAUCAGGUACGGCUGCUUACGGAUGACAAGCUCAAAUUGCAGCGCUCACUCGAAAAGCUGCGGACGAUGCUCAAGGAGAAGGAAAACAUUGUGAGCAGUGCGCCAUCGGCUCUGUCGCCCAGCUUGAACGUCCCGUCAAGCGGAUCGCUCCUUGCAAAGAAAGUCAAGCGGCCAAGUUUAGGUAGUGCAUCGAGCGCAACUGCAGCUUCUAUCGCCAAAGCAUCGGGGAAAUCAGCAAUGCGAGGCCGGCCUACCAGCCGAUCGGUAUCGCCUGGCCCACACAAGAAGCGCGUCAAGGCACCUUCGAGUUCAUCAGGUCCGAGUUGGCAGCGAUAA